CUCCAUUUUAUUUGUCGCCUUUCCUUCCUCUUCGACCUCCGAAAGAGCCCUAUAAACCCUAACCCUAAUUCCAACCCUAAAACCCUGAUUCAUCUCCCUCAACUCCCUUCGUCUUCCUCCUCUAGCUCGAGUUUCGUCAUCCAUGGACUCCGAGGGCAUCGGCGGAGCGCCGGAGGAGGAGCCAAAGAAGUCGAAUCGGGGCAAAGCCAAGCAAAACCCUAAGAAGGCGAAGGAGAGCGUCCUCAAGCAAAAAUCCCCUGCGGAGUUCUUUGCCGAGAACAAGAACAUCGCCGGGUUCGACAAUCCCGGGAAGUCGCUGUACACUACGGUGCGAGAGCUUGUUGAGAACUCCCUUGAUUCAGCUGAGUCCAUAUCUGAACUCCCUGUAAUUGAAAUUGCAAUUGAAGAGAUUAAUAAGAGCAAGUUCAAUACGAUGAUAGGUCUUGUUGAUCGUGAGCGCGUUGAUGAGGAGCUGUAUGAUGAUUUUGAGUCUGCUAAGGCUCGUGAGAAACGCCUAGCGAAAGAAGCUCGUGUUCAAGAAAUUCAAGCCAAGAAUAUUGCUCUAGGGAAGAAGUUCAAGGAGCCUUCAACAGCAAAAGGAGCAAAGAGCCGGGGUGAAGCUGCUUUUUUCAGGGUAACUUGUAAGGAUAAUGGGAGGGGAAUGCCACACGAUGAUAUCCCAAAUAUGUUUGGGCGAGUUCUGUCUGGCACAAAAUAUGGUCUAAAACAAACUCGUGGGAAAUUUGGACUUGGUGCUAAGAUGGCACUGAUUUGGUCCAAGAUGAGCACUGGGCUUCCGAUUGAGAUUACAUCAUCUAUGAAGGGACAAAAUUAUGUUUCCUACUGUCGACUGGAUAUUGAUAUUCAUAAGAACAUUCCUCAUGUUCAUGCACAUGAGAAAAGGGAAAACAAGGACCGGUGGCAUGGAGCAGAAAUUCAAGUUAUCAUAGAGGGUAAUUGGACAACUCACCGUUCAAAGAUACUUCAUUAUAUGCGGCAGAUGGCUGUUAUCACCCCAUAUGCUCAGUUUCUGUUUAAGUUCAUCUCAGACACAGCAGAAAAAACCGUGACUGUAAGAUUUGCACGACGUACGGAUGUGAUGCCUCCAGUUCCCCUUGAAACAAAGCACCAUCCUUCUGCUGUUGAUUUACUACUUAUCAAACGGUUGGUUGCAGAGACUUCAAAGCAAAAUCUUCUGCAAUUCCUUCAACAUGAAUUCGUGAAUAUUAGGAAGUCUUAUGCCGAACGAUUAAUUGGGGAGAUGGGACCAGACUUCAGUUCGAAAAUGCCUGUAAAAAGCCUGACAUCUCAGCAGAUAGUUCGGAUACAGCAGUUGUUUCGCCAGGCUAAAUUCGAUGAUCCAAGUGGAGAUUGCCUUAGUCCUGCAGGUGAAUACAAUCUUCGUCUGGGAAUCAUAAAGGAGCUUCAGCCUGACUUGGUUGCUACCUAUGCAGGCAGUCCUCAGGUAUUUGAAGGCCAUCCAUUUAUCGUAGAAGCUGGAAUUAGCCUGGGAGGGAAAGAUGUCAAACAGGGUCUAAAUAUUUUUCGGUUUGCAAAUCGCAUACCACUUCUUUUUGAACAAGGUGCUGAUGUCAUCACAAGAACUGCUUUAAAAAGGAUCAAUUGGAAUAGCUACAAGAUAAACCAGAUGCAAGACAAAAUCGGCGUGUUUGUGAGCAUCGUAAGCACAAAAAUACCUUUCAAAGGAACAGGAAAGGAAUAUAUUGGAGAUGACAUUACUGAAAUUUCUUCCGCUGUCAAGUCAGCUAUUCAGCAAUGCUGCCUUCAGUUGAAAUCAAAGAUUGUAAAAAGACUCCAGGCUCGUGAACGGCAGGAAAGGAAAAGGAAUCUAAACAGGUAUAUUCCUGAUGCAUCAAGGGCUGUCAUGGAGGUGCUAGAACAGAUGGCACAUAAUCGCGAAUCAAAGCGGCAGCGAUACGACAAAGAGGACGAAGAACUCCUUGAUAAAGUAGCAUCUGAGGAGAUAACAGAGAAGACUCUUAAAGAGUGUCUUACUCAGCACGUCGAACAGGUGGAUUAUGAGAUGGCAUUAGAAUAUGCGACGCAAAGUGGAGUGAGCGAGGAGCCUCGAGAAGCUAUUUAUUUGAACUCCCUUGAAGGCUCACAUAAUUACAUCGACUUUCAUAGCCCUAUUUUUGUUUUCAGAUUGAUUACUUAGGCAAUUUCUUUCUCCACUUAAGAGACAUUCGUGCUACUAAUGUGAAUAAAGAUGUUCCAGCAUGGAAUAAGACCCCGCUUAUUUGAUCUCAAGUCACAGCUGAAAAUAGUUGGUGCUCGUUUGGUUGGGCUUGUAGAACUUCUAUCUACUUCAGGAAGCAGCAGCUGGGUAUUCAAAAGCUAAAGCAAGCUUCUGGGUUUCAGAAGUAUAAACUCCAAUUUGAAUAUUCUACUUCUACUACCGCGGGAUGUUUAAUGAAAGCUGUCGGUGCUUCGAGCAAUUCUAUUCAAACAGUACGUCUGCAAAAGUUCCAGGCUAAACAAGCCCUUAGCCAGAUAGAAACAAAUGAACAAGGAACGAACGUUGUUGUAAACCUAGUUCAGUUGGUGAAAGAUUGUGUGUUAAGCUGUGGCUCUUUUCUUGCCUAUUGUAUUCCUUUAUUUUCCAAUUCAAACAUGUCUUGAUUAAUUUAUCGACAUAGUAUGAAAUUGAGGAUUUCUUUUCCUUUUUCCUUCACUGUAAUGAUGGUUGUACCUUGCUGCGUCUAAUCUCAUACAAGAUGUAUUUCCCAGUUGGUGAAA